AUGGAGGACACGGCCCAGGUCCAGUCUGAUCAAGGUGAAUAUCAGACUGUAAUAGCUUCAUGUUUGUGUUUGUGUGUGUCCUCUCUCUUCUUCUUCUGUUACGUCUGUUACACCGUCAGACUUGUACAAGAGACAUCAGUCAACGUUAAAUGUGUUCAGGUGGUGAUGCUGUCCCGGACCUCUGCACACGUGCGUCCUCUCUGCACCCGUCUCCUCAGCUCUCGGCCCCUCAUGUCGGACCCCUGCAGACCUGUGGAGACCUCCAUCAGGGCAAAGCUCACAGACGCCCUGCAGCCGGAGCACCUGGAGGUCCACAAUGAGAGCCACAUGCACGCGGUUCCCCCAGGCUCAGAGUCCCACUUCAGGGUCCUGGUGGUCAGCCCUCUCUUUGACGGUCUUUCCCUGCUGCAGCGCCACCGUCUGGUCAACACCGCGCUGCAGGAGGAGCUGAGCACCAGAGUGCACGCUUUAGCCAUCCAGGCCAAGAGCCCGCAGCAGUGGGCGGCCGACCCCUCUCUGGGCAAGAGUCCUGGCUGUCUGGGAGGCUCCAAGGGCGACCACACGGUCCAGAGCAAACUGCAGACAGAGCGAUAG